UCAUGUUAACACUGUCAUCCUUUAAACAAUCCCUCUAUUCCUUUACAUUAAACAGAUGGCAAAGUCCACCAGGUGUUCAAGGCAGUGGCUCAGAAUGACUGGAAAACCCUCCUUGCCCUUCUCAAUGAAGAACACUUCAGUGAGGUGGACCGUGAAUCAAGAGGUGGAGAGACCCAUUUGGACACAUUUGUGAGGAAUGAGAAUGGCUUCACCCUUCUGCACCAGGCAGCCUGCGGGAAUCGGCCGGAGAUGGUCGACUUUCUAUGGCACCUCUCUGAUUCCUGGGAAGGCCUGGUGGAUCUCACCAUCGAUCCUCCCUGGAGCCCAAAAUGGCCAGUCACGAUGCUGGGACAGAAGCCAAUGGAGAAUGGCUUGGUGGGAGAUAUUGUUGGGAAGAAUGCCUUGCAAUUGGCUGCGAUACUAGGCCACCACAAAGUUGUGGCAGCUCUUCGAGCCAAAAUGGAACUGCAGUCUUCCUUGUCGGACAUUCACUGUGCUGUGAAGCUCAGAGACAUUCAGUGGCUGAGCAAUAUCAUCGGGGACACCAAAUGUGUCAAGACCCUUGUCAAUGACUGUGUCGACAGCGUGGUCUCUCCUCUAUGGUUGGCUUGCACCAAAGGAGAUGUAGACAUUGUCAAACGUCUAAUCGAUGCAGGAGCAGAUGUCAACUUAAUCUCAAAGAAUGAUCAGCAACAAACUCUUUUGCACAGAGCAGUCUGCUUUGGUAACAAAGCAGUGGUUCGGUACCUCAUCCAGGGAAAUUAUCUUGGGGUAGAUGUCAAAGAUAGGUACGGCUGCACACCGUUAUACUACGCCCUGCAGCUCCACCUUCCGUGCAUGUCCACGCUUCUCCUGAGCCACGGCGCUGAUUUAGAUUUGCAGUGUGUGAACCCGCAGAGUCUCAGGACGGACUCAGCAAGGCUGCUGCUAGAAUGCCUGGAGCUUCAGCACCUCAGACAGCUCCUGCUUCACUGCCCACAGCUGCAAGCCGAGGAGGAAGAUCUCCCAGCAGAAGUGGGAGAAUGUGUCUCGUUCGUGAGCCUGGCCCCCAGGGUCAUGCCAUGGCCCUUCAGUCUGACACCCUGUGCUUCCUGGAUGCAGGGGCUCCCCAGGAGGUCUCAGCCUGUAUUCCAUUACUACUUCAGUUUGCCAUAUUUAUGAUUAUUACAAAUUUAAAGACAUUUGAACGGAUAUAUAUAUAUGAUAUAGGAUAGGUUUAGUGGGGUGUGGGCAAAAUGCAGGCAUAUAGGAGUAACCAAUUAUGCCAGCCUGGUUGGAAUGGACAAGGGCCUGUUUCUGUGCUGUAUCGUUCCAUGACAACUGAAUAUUUGACAAUAAGGAAUACAGAAGAUAGGAAAUGGUCAGGGUCAUUGUGUCUCUUGAGGCAUCUUCACCAUUCGAUUUGAUAUGUAACUCAUUCUAUGAACUCUCUGAUGAUGUUACGGUUCAGUAUUGUCAUGUAUCCAGUCAAAUCAUACUAUGCAGGAGUACAUGAGAAGCCAGAGACGAUUAUAGCAGGCAGUGUAAAGUUAAAACUACCAGAGUGCAGAGUAUAAUGUGUUACAGCAGCCCCCUCCCUCUGAUGCCGCUUGGAUCACAACCUCCCUAUCACCGGCAGACAGGCCCAGGAGAGGCCCGAACCUCAGCAUUGUUGUCUGCAGCAGUCCAAGUAGCUGACAUUAGAUUGGUCCACCUGAUCCUUGUCAGCUUACACCUUAUGGGCAUUCUGGGGAGAGGGG